AUGAGCGAACCUCUUCGUAACAAGCGACCUCGGGUGGAUUCCAACGAUGGGGCCUUCGUCAACCACCCAUCUCUGUACUUCGAGGAUGGCAAUGUAAUCCUGAGUUGCGGUAGCACAUUAUUCCGUGUGCAUCGUUCAUUGCUUUCGAAGCACUCUCCUGUCUUUCGAGACUUGCUGGAAGACAAAGAAGAUCAGAAGCAACAUUACCUGCGAGAAUGCAUCCACGUCGCUUUGAGCGACACCGGAGAAGAAAUGGAGGCUCUGCUGAACGUCAUAUACGACGGCCUGCGUUUCGAUCUGCUGCGCCUCACAGUGGACACAUUCCCAACGCUUGCGAAUGUCUUUCGUAUGAGCACGAAGUACAGGAUUGGUCGCCCUCGUGAGGAGAUUAUCCAGCGUAUUAAGCGUGAUUGGCCUUCGGACCUCGCUAUGCACGACGUCAAAUUUGAGGUGCUACGCCGCGAAUUGAUGCAACAAUCCGCGUUCCUCACACAAGCCGGGAGAAUCGUCGCAAAUCCCCAAUAUAAUACAGCCAUAAUGCAGAACGAGAACGGCGUCAUCCGCCCGGCGUCUGUCAUCGCGCUUCUCCGACAAGGCGGAUGCAACACACCUGAGAUACUGGCCCCGCUUUUCUACGCGCUCAGCUGCGAUACCUGGCAGUUCGGAGGGCCAGCAGUAGGUCACCAUGUAGCCCCGCUCGCCCAUGAUGAUAUCGAGCGCUUCAUCGCCGGAUUAGAACGUUUGCGCAGCGCUCACGCAUCUGCUGCUAGUCACUGCAGCUUGAUGCUCACGCCCUCGCACGCAGAGUCAUGCCUGCCCGGUGUGCGUCGAUACUGGAGCGAUCUUGCUGGAGCGAUGUUGAGGCGAACCGGGCGACGUCGCCAGCCCAUUGAGGAAUGGAGGGACGCGGCAAUCCUCGCCAGUCAACCGGGCUACUUCUCGCCGUACGCUGUCUGUGGUGGAUGUGUUAGGUCGCUCAUCGCUGGGAUGUUCGAGAUCCGUGGGCGUCUCUGGGUCCAGCUCCCCCAUUUCUUCGAGUUGGUCCAAUAA